AGUUGAGCUUGUCCCUCCCACUCCUUCCCAAUGAGCGGCUUCUGGCAGGGAGCGGGGAAAGGCUGGGGAGAAGUGGACGCUUUUUUCAGAGGAAGGCUACCACUCUGGCUCAGUGCCUCAAGCGGAUGGUAGGGGUAGGGUACCACAAGCCUCUACCACUCACAUGGACUUCUACAGAGGGCUCUUUGUAGCCUGGGCGCUCAGCCUCCUACCAGGAUUCUGUGACACCUUCAACAUCGACACCAAAAGGCCACGCAUCAUCCCGGGCUCUAAGGACGCCUACUUUGGCUAUACCGUGCAGCAGCAUGACAUCGCUGGGAAGAAAUGGCUGGUGGUGGGAGCGCCCUAUGAGACCAAUGGACAGCUGAAGACUGGAGACGUCUACAAGUGUCCAGUGAAUGGCGAGACCAACUGCACCAAACUCAACCUAGGAAGAGUAACGCUCUCCAACGUGUCAGAGCGCAAAGAUAACAUGCGUCUGGGCCUGAGUCUGACCACCAACCCCAAGGACAAAAGCUUUCUGGCUUGCAGCCCUCUCUGGUCCCAUGAGUGUGGAAGUUCUUACUUUACCACAGGAAUGUGCUCCCGGGUGAACUCCAACUUCAGAUUCUCGAAGACCAUCGCUCCCGCCCUCCAGAGGUGCCAAACGUACAUGGACAUAAUCAUUGUUCUGGAUGGAUCGAACAGCAUCUAUCCCUGGGUGGAAGUGCAACAUUUCCUGAUAAACAUCCUGAAAAAGUUUUACAUUGGGCCCGGACAAAUACAGGUUGGAGUUGUUCAGUAUGGAGAAGAUGUUGUGCAUGAAUUUCAUUUAAAUGACUACAGGUCUGUAAAAGAUGUGGUGGAAGCUGCUAGUCACAUAGAGCAGAGAGGAGGGACAGAAACGAGGACGGCGUAUGGGAUAGAAUUUGCUCGCUCGGAAGCCUUUCAGAAAGGUGGGCGGAAAGGUGCGAAGAAGGUGAUGAUUGUCAUAACCGACGGGGAGUCCCACGACAGCCCGGACCUGGAGAAGGUGAUUGAAGACAGCGAGAAGGACAAUGUCACCAGAUAUGCUGUGGCAGUUCUGGGUUACUAUAAUCGACGGGGAAUCAACCCCGAGGCCUUUUUGAAUGAAAUAAAAUUCAUCGCGAGUGACCCAGACGACAAGCAUUUCUUUAAUGUCACGGACGAAGCGGCGCUGAAGGAUAUUGUGGAUGCGCUGGGAGAGAGGAUAUUUAGUCUGGAAGGUACCAACAAAAAUGAAAUCUCCUUUGGACUUGAAAUGUCCCAGACCGGAUUUUCAUCACACGUUGUGGAAGAUGGGAUUCUGCUCGGGGCCGUGGGGGCGUAUGACUGGAACGGAGCAGUGCUCAAGGAAACCAGCAGUGGGAAAGUCAUUCCUCAUAGGGAAUCCUACCUCCAAGAGUUCCCGGAGGAGCUGAAGAACCAUGGGGCAUACCUAGGUUACACUGUCACCUCCGUGAUGUCACCCAAGCAUGGAAGAAUUUACGUGGCCGGAGCUCCGAGGUUCAACCACACGGGGAAAGCCAUUAUUUUUACAAUGCACAGCAACAGAAACCUAACCAUUCACCAGUCCCUGAAAGGAGAACAGAUUGGCUCCUACUACGGAAGUGAAAUAAACUCCAUCGACGUUAACGGCGAUGGGAUCACCGACAUUCUGCUGGUCGGCGCCCCCAUGUACUUCAGCGAAGGCCGAGAGCGGGGGAAGGUGUACAUCUACGUCCUAAAAGAGGACCAAUUUGUUUCCAAUGGAUCUCUGAAAGAUUUGCAGAGCUACCAGAAUUCCAGGUUCGGCUCUUGCAUUGCCUCCGUCCCCGAUUUGAAUCAAGACUCCUACAAUGAUGUCAUCAUUGGGGCUCCUUUGGAAGAUGACCACCAAGGAGCCAUAUAUAUCUUCCAUGGCUUCGAAGAAAACCUCCAGAAGAUGUAUAAACAGAGAAUAGCAGCGGCAGACUUUGGUCUGGGCCUGAAGUAUUUUGGAUGCAGUAUUCACGGACAACUAGAUCUCAACGAAGAUGGCCUCAUUGACCUAGCAGUUGGUUCACUUGGGCAUGCUGUGCUCUUGUGGUCCCGCAGCGUGGUCCAGAUCAAUGCCAGCAUUCGAUUCGAGCCCUCCAAAAUCAACAUCUUCAACAAGGACUGCAAGCGCAACGGGAAGGACGCCGCCGUUCGGGUUUCCCCGGCCCGCGCUGUCCUCUCGGCCCAUUUCCAGACAGCGAGUGUGGGGUUAAAAUACAACGCCACCAUCGACGAGCGACGGUACACGCCUCGGGCUCAUCUGGAUGAAAACAGCGACCGGCACACUCAGAAGCUGGUCACGUUGUCGGCCGGAGAAGAACACUGUGACAAGCUACAUUUUCACGUCCUGGACACAGCAGACUAUGUGAAGCCCGUGACGUUUUCAGUCGAAUAUGGGCUGGCGAGCCCCGACCAUGGUCCCAUGCUGGAUGACGGCUGGCCAACUGCGCUGAAAGUCUCCGUGCCUUUCUGGAACGGAUGCAAUGAGGACGAACACUGUGUCCCUGACCUGGUCCUGGAUGCUAAAAACGAUAUUCCAACCACCACGGAGUAUUGCAGGAGAGUCUUGAGGAAGUCGCCGUCGGAUUGCGCCGCCUACACACUGUCUUUUGAUACGCCCAUUUUUAUCAUCGAGAGCACACGGAGAAGGGUGGCGGUGGAAGCAAUCCUGGAGAACAAAGGCGAAAAUGCCUACAGCGCUGUCCUGAACAUUUCCUUCUCCAGGAAUCUGCAGUUUGCUAGCUUGAUUCAGAAGGACGAGUCCGAUGUCAAUAUUGAGUGCGUGAACGAAGAAAAGCGGCCCAACAAGAAGGUGUGCAAUGUCAGCUACCCCUUCUUCCGCGCCAAAGCGAAGGUGGCUUUUCGCCUGGAUUUCGAAUUCAGCAAGUCUAUUUUUCUUCAAAGCAUGGAGAUCUAUCUGACUGCCAACAGUGACAGCGAAGAACACGAAAGUACCAAAGAGGACAACUCCGCUCUCCUGAAUUUUCACCUGAAAUACGAAGCGGACCUCCUUUUCACCAGGAGUUCAAGCCUGGACUAUUACGAAAUCAAGCCAAGCAGCUCCCCGGAGAGGUACGACAGCAUCGGCCCUCCCUUUAAUUGCACGUUUAAGCUGCACAAUCUGGGGUUCUUUCCCGUCGAUGGCGUGACCAUCAAAAUCACAAUCCCCGUGGCCACGAGAGGAGGGAAUCGCCUUUUGCUGCUGACUGAUUUCCUUGUGGAUCAGGAAAACACAACGUGUAAUAUCUGGGGAAACAACACUGAUUACAGAAGGGCACCUACGGAGGAGGACCUUUUGCGGAACCUACACCUGAACCACAGUAACUCGGACGUCAUCUCCAUUGACUGCAACGUCAAAUUAGCAUCCAAUGAAGAAAUCAACUUCCGCUUGCGUGGCAAUCUGUGGAUGGAGUCCCUGAAAGCACUGAAGUUCAAGUCACUGAAGCUCACGACGAACGCAGCCCUGCAGCGGCGCUUUCGCAGCCCCUUCAUCUUCCGGGAGGAGGACCCCAGCCGCCAGGUAACGUUUGAAAUCUCCAAACCAGAGGAGUCCCAGAUCCCCAUCUGGAUCAUCCUGGGCAGCACACUGGGCGGGCUCCUGCUUCUCGCACUCCUUGUCCUGGCCCUAUGGAAGCUUGGAUUUUUUAAAAGUGCCAAUCGCAAGAGAGAUACAGCGCCGGAGCACCAGGCGAAAGUGUUAGAAUGAGGCUCCCGCAGCUAGGGUCUGCGAAUCUCAUCUCCCUAUCGCCAUGUUCAUAUCCGUGUGCGGCCGGCAGAGGAGAUGUUGGUCUUGCUGCCAAAGGAAGUGGGUGUAGGACUCCAUUUGCCUCGAGAGGAGAAUACACCCCUUUGUGUGAAAUUAGCUAAAGAGAACCUAUUCCGUGGCCAGCUGCCACCGGAGCACAACCAUCAAAAGGUACUUCAAACUGGUUUUAAAUAGUUCUGUUCUGCCUCACUCCGGGCAGUUAGUUGUGCAUAAGGACAGUAACAAAGCUGGGGUAGUCUUUGUGAUGAUUGGGUGUUUUUAUAUCCUGGGGGUUGCAAGUUUAAUGCCAUGCGCCAAAUCGAAGCCACGAGCAAGUCAGAUUAAACGCAACUACGACACAGUAUUUUUGAGAGACCUCACUUUUAAGGCUAGCAGCUGGGUUAUUCAGACUAAGUGGACUUGUCAAUAAAAUGCCACAAGUGAAUUCUCCAGGUGCACAAUUUGCCUGCGAAAAUAAGAUGAGGAAGGAAGAGACUAAACACCCUGUCCAAAACAUGUAAACAGACCGAAGGAUCAGUUUACACGUCUAUUAAAUUCCAGUGGUGCACCUAAAUGUAAAAAUGCAGGCUUAAAUGGAGCUCCCCUGGAAGCAAAGUGGAACUGGCCAAUAUAAAACUUCGGAUCCCCACACGUUUUACAUUUUCUGAGUGGAGAAGUUUAAUAGAGAGUUUUUAAUUUGCUUUCUUUUUAAUGCACUGAAUACAAUUAAUAGCAAAUUAAAGCACCUUAAUACAGAACUUCAGUGUCCAGCUGUAUAUACUUAUUCUGAAAAGAUUUACCUGUUUGAACGCCAAAAAAAAAAAAUUUAAAAACCAGUUUGAAGUGUUUUCUACAAACUGUGCAAUUUCCAAGAGUCGACAGGCAACAGGAAUCGGAAACUGUAUUAUAAUUGUACAUACUUUGUGUCAUGCAGAAAUGAUCACUGCUGUUCGACAAAAAUCUUUUCUUUUGCAUAAUAGAAUUAUUUAUGCUAAUAUUAACUUUAUGAUUGAAAGGAAAGAAAGCAGCUGUCCACCCAAUGUGUAACAGUCUGUUCAGUACUGUUUUAGUAUUUUUUAAGGAUUAACUAUACAGUAUUUUUAAAUAUUCAUCAUUUCAACGACCAUUCUGUACUAAACCAGUUUCCCCAAUGAUCUAUAAUUGGAUUGAAUUGUUCACAGCCCUUUUAGAAGAGAGUGAAAGAGGGACUGUAAUAUUUCUGCCUUUAUUUAUUGUGACAAUAAAUGUAUUUUCCAGAAUGACUUCUUUUAAAGGGACCUUGUCAGGUUUAAAAAAUUAAAUACUUACACUUGCAACAUGAGGAUCUUGUUGUGAGCCCAUACACAUGUUGCAGGGUCAGAUCCUUUGGGCCUUGUCUUUGUGGUAUGACGUUAGAUUUAUUUAAACUGAAACACACAUCUAAUUGAUUUUUUUAUCUGUUUCUGCUUUUGUUGCAUUUCUCAUCUUGAGCAAAAAGGAAGUCUAGUCAGUUUCAUUGAAGCUAGUCCCAGUUUACUUUCAUGUUCUCCUGCAGUAGGUGAUGCAACUGCUUCCGGGAGUUGUUUAUAUGUGUUUGUUUCCGUUUAAAUAAAGAAUGGGACUAGCUGGGUUAGUUUCAGGCUUGAUGGAUGAUUAGCACGGGGGUGCCUGUUUUGUUGAAUGGAGAUUUUUGAUCUGACAUUGACCCUUUGUAUUGUAUUGGGAGUGGCAAAGCGUUCCCACCACACGGAGGCAUGUUCUUAUUGAACUUGCUUCAUGAAAAUAUUGGCGAGUGUCCACGGUUUCUUCUUUCCCCUUUAAUGAGUGAUCAGUUUUCCCAAAUGUUGCCAAAUAAUCUUGUUGAAAGUAUUGAAAUGGAAGGAUUAUAAAGAACACUGAAUGCAUCCUCACAAAACCCUUCUCUUCCUCCAAUAUCAAACACAACCCCCCAAAAGCCCCAAACCCAACAACAACAAAGAAAGAAACAAAACACCACGCGCUGUUUAAUAACUUGUUCCUUUCCGACGUUGGCGAGGAGAAAAUUCACUUUCUUUUUCAAAUCCAAACCUUUAGCUUAGCUUUAGCAUUCACCCCCUUUUAAAUAACUGCCAUAUAGACAGACUAGAAAAUACCUCACCGUCAAAAAUCACCGGGGCCUGAUUUUGCAGUGAAAUCAACUGCAAAUCAACUGAUGCUUUGCCACUUCCUUUGGUGGGCACAGACUAAGCCCAAUAGGGGAUUAGCAGCCGUGUAAACAGAAUACCCAGUUUUGCUGUACAUUAGGGGCAUGUCUAGACUACAUGG